AUGACAGGACAACAGUGGGGAUAUGGAAAAGAGGACGGGCCUUCAUUGUGGCAUGAAAACUACCCUGUUGCCCUGGGAAAUCGCCAGUCCCCUAUAGACAUUAUCCCUGAUCAGGCCACGCGUGACCGAGACCUGGGUCCCAUCGUUCUGGACUACGACAGCUGUACCUCCAUUAACAUUGCCAACAAUGGACACUCUGUAGUUGUGGAGUUUGUGGACUCUGAUGAUCGCUCAGUGAUCCAAGGAGGACCUCUUGACAACCCGUAUAGACUGAAACAGUUUCACUUCCACUGGGGGGAAAAGCGACAGGAGGGCUCCGAGCACACUGUUGCAGGAAUUGGCUACGCAUCAGAGCUUCAUUUAGUUCACUGGAAUGCGGUCAAGUACAGCUCGUUUGGGGACGCAGCAACAGCCCCCGAUGGUCUCGCUGUGCUUGGGAUCUUUUUACAGACAGGUGACGACCAUCGAUGGCUUCAUCUGCUGACCGACGCUCUGUUCAUGGUGAAGUUUAAGGGCAGCGUCACAGAUUUCAAAGGUUUCAACCCUAAGUGCCUCCUGCCCAGCAGCCUCCACUACUGGACCUACCUGGGAUCGUUGACCACGCCCCCCUUACACGAGAGCGUCACCUGGAUCCUCCUAAAGGAGCCAAUCGUCGUUUCAGAAAAACAGCUGGGAAUGUUCAGAAUGCUGCUGUUCAACGGAGAGGAGGAAGAUGAGCGGAGGCGCAUGGAGAACAACUUCAGGCCUCCUCAGCCUCUCAGAGGCAGGGCGGUGCGCUCCUCCAAUUAGCCACUUCAGCUCAUAAUAAGUUAGUAACCACCGUGGUAGUUUGUCCUGUAGACAUCUGGUCUGUUUUGGAUAGAAGGGGAAGAGCAACGAGCAACUGCUUAAGCAAAUUCAAAAAAAGGGACUUUGUGGAGAUGAUAAUGGCAUGGGAGCCAAAUAAUUUGAAAAUGAAACCUUUUUAAUUAAACUUUGAUCAUGAAAACAAGCUAAACGUUUAUAUAGGAACUUGCAACGAGCCGUGUCCGUUUGUGAAAGGCUGUUUUCACCAUCGCUGUGAACCACAGAGCACCAAUCUUCUCCCUGAGCCUGUAUCUGUUGAUCGAGCCGUCGGACGGUGAAUUCUCCCUCCGGUCGGACGAUUUUAUCCGAACCGUUCCAUCGUGCAAUACACAAGACAAGAAUGUUUGAGGCCUUCAGGGUUAAAGAGAUUU